UGUGUGAGUAGCGGGUGCUCUCUCGCUUCAAUGUUGCAGCCAGCGUAGUGGCAGAUCGCUAGAAUACUGGAGGGGCCGGGUCGAGUGAGCUAUUGGGGUUCCCAAAUAUCUGGGACAAACAGGCAGACAGAGACACACAGGCGGAUGGACGGAAAGAUAGGCAAGUGCUCCGACAAGAACCAGAAACGUAACGGAUAUUCAGCUUUCUUUUUAUGUUGUUUCCGUUCUUUAUUUAUUUGGCUUUAUUUAUUUCUUUAUCGAUUGAUUGCGUUUUAAUUACUGCCUUGUGACAGGGAGUGAGGGAGGAGGAGCGUAGGCCAAGCGGGCACGUUGUGUAGCCUUUCCAAAUGUUUAUUUAUUUCAGUUGAUUAGCUUAAUGCGGCUAUUUUACAUGCAUUUUAAACAGGAUUCGCUGCUUUGUAGCCUGCUUAUUGGUGAAUUUGUGUGUAUUUAGUCUACAUGUGAGGGACAGUGAGAGAGUGCGAUCAGCUAUUAACCAAAUAAAGUAGAUUAACCAAAAAUAACAAAUCCAAAUAUAUCACAACAAUUGUUGGCCUUUACGCACUUCAGCGUGACUCGGGUUUCGUCUGUUAUUAUUGUAAUAUUAUCCAUUUUAUUUACCAGCGCAAACCAAAGCUAACCCCGGUGAGUGACGCUAAGAAACUAGCGACUGUUACGGUGUCUGUUCUCAGGCCUGUCGAUAGGAAAACAGUGGGCUAACAUUGAGACUGUGCUAAUAUAAACGCAUACAUGAGAAAUAGAACGAUUAGACUAUUGUAUGGUUACUUACAGUUUGCCACGGCAUACGAGAGAGACAGGAGCAAAAAUCAGGCUUAUAAUAAAAGUAUUAUUACUAUAUUAGUCCUGAUAGUUUUUUUUCUGAUAUAGUAGUGGGAGUUCAGUUGUGGUUCUAUCCGUCUGUGUGUUGGGUCUGGGCUGUUUCCAUAGCCUGAUUGCUGCACACUCAAGGGAGCACCAUAUGUUCGAUACACAUUUACACCCCAAAUCCUGCCGAAGAGAAACAGACAUCCAAAAACGUAAAUAGAGCUAUCCACCAUAGCCUGCAUGUGUACGCGCCAUCAACUGGUAAGCUAAACAACGAAUGUUCUACGUUUUCCAUACCAAAUAUAUUUCAAACAGACGAAGAUACACAGAAGAGGAAACAUCUUGUCACAAUAUUACUGAAAAAUUAUAUGAAACAAAACCAGAAGACGGAGGAAGAUCAUGUUUGUUCCCUUGCCGGUGCCGUUCAUGUUUCAGAGAACUGCCCCUGACCUCAACGCCUGGCGUCUCAAGUCCCCGUUGGCUCUACGUUCCGACUCCGAAAUCCGGAUGUCAAAGCCAGUAGAGGUUGAGAACACAGGGGCUGACUCUCCAAUGGAGAGCACAGAUUCAGAGCGGAAUGGUCCUGACUCAAAUCAUCAGCUUCAGCAGAUGAAAAUCAGUCCCUUUCACCUUUCUCCAACCCUCAGCAGCAACAAGAAUAAGAUGGAAGAGUGUGGUGAGAUGUCCCCGGGCCCUCCUCCCCACCACAGCCACGCCCCCUCACAGACACCCCUCCCACACACACAGCUCAUGCUGACCGGCUCCCAACUGGCAGGGUUGACAGCUCUCUUGCCAGCGCAGCAGCAGUUGUUACUGCAGCAGGCUCAGGCUCAGCUUCUAGCUGCAGCUGUGCAGCAGUCUGUUCAGCAGUCCAAUGCAGCUCACGCAGCUCACGCAGCCCACGCAGCCGCCCAAGCCAAUCAGCAAGCUCAGGCAGCCGCAGCAGCCAAUCAACAUGCCCAGCAGCAGCAGGCGGGACAGACAGGGCAGCAGGGCCAAUCACAGCCCCAGGGACAGGGACAGAGCACACAGGAACAGACAGGUCAACCUGUCCCUGUCCCGCCCACUCAUCCCCAGCUCACUCUCUCUCAGCCAAUUCAGCUCACCGCCCAGGACAUCCAGCAGUUGUUGCAGCUGCAGCAGUUGGUUCUGGUGCCAGGACACCACCUGCAGUCUCCUCAGUUCCUCCUCCAACAGCACCAAGGGCAGCAAGGACUGCUAUCAACACCAAAUCUGAUUCAGCUACCUCAGCAAAACCAAGGGAGCCUCCUGUCCGCUCCCAGGCUGGGGCUCCAAGCACAGAGAGACAAGGCUAUGGAGAGUAGUGGGGUCAUGACCUCUGUGUCCUCUGUGACCUCUCACCCCGAGGAGCCCAGUGACCUUGAGGAACUGGAGGUGUUCGCCCGCACCUUCAAACAGAGACGCAUCAAACUGGGCUUUACACAGGGUGACGUGGGAAUGGCCAUGGGGAAGCUAUAUGGGAAUGAUUUCAGCCAGACCACCAUCUCUCGCUUCGAGGCCCUCAACCUGAGCUUUAAGAACAUGUGCAAACUCAAACCACUACUGGAGAAGUGGCUCAAUGAUGCAGAGACCAUGUCCACAGACAGUACUAUGCCCAGCCCCAGCUCUCUGUCCUCUUCCUCGAUGGGCUUCGAGGGCCUGCCGGGCCGACGCAGGAAGAAAAGAACCAGCAUCGAGACUAACGUCCGCGUGGCCCUGGAGAGAGCCUUCAUCACGCAGAACCAGAAGCCUACCUCAGAGGAGAUCCUGUGUAUCGCGGACCAGCUCAGCAUGGAGAAGGAGGUGAUCCGCGUGUGGUUCUGCAACCGCCGCCAGAAAGAGAAGCGUAUCAACCCCAACAGUGCCACCCCUCCCUUGCCCAGCCAGCUCCCCCAAGCCCCACCGACACACAAACCCCCCUGCUACAGCCCACACAUGAUGUCCAGUCAGCUGUCCAGUCAGCUGUCCCAGGCAGUGACCAGCCUCAGUACCACAUUGACCACCAUGUCAUCGUUCUCCCCUCUGACCCCCAGUGGUCCCACCCACUCAUCUCUCAGCUCCGCCUCCUCCCCAGUGACUCCUCCUCCACCUUGCAGUACAGCCAGCCCAGCCCCUCCCAGCCACAGCACACUGAGUCUCAACACAGGCUUAUGGCGUUUGGGUAAAAAGAAUGGUGACGUGUCUAACUACAUCACCGAUUUUGCUGCAAACUUGAGGAACACUGUGAUGGGAGUAAACACAGGGAACCAGGCUCUGAACCAAGCUCUCCUCAGCAACAACCCGCUGGCUACUAUACAAGCCCUAGCAGCCAGUGGUGGCCAGCUGCCCCUUUCCAGUCUUGAGGGGGGCAGUAAGGUGUUGCUGGGUGGUGCAGGGGGGCAGGGAGGGGGUCUCCAGUCCUCCUUCUUCCUCAACCACCCCGCUUUCCUCCACAUGGGCCAGAAUCCUGGUGCUGGAUUGGUCAGCGCUGCCGUAGCCAAAGCAUCCCAGCCCUCCCCUUUCCCCUUCACCAGUAGCAUAAGCCCCACCCCCUGCUCCCCCUCCCCUUGCUCCAGCCCCGCCUCUUCCUGCGACUUCAAUGAAUUGGCACACAGCCCAUCCUCGUUGGGAGGGGCUAAGAUUGAGUGACACAGCCAAGCGCCAAUCAGAGAGGAGGAGGAGGAGAAAGGAGGAAACGACAACCUCGCCUUUCAACCAAAGCUAUCUCUUUUCUCACUCUCGCCCUACACUCUCUCUCUCCCCCCCAGUCUUUCGAUGCCAAAAAUACACAGAAUGAAAGAGAGGAGAGGGGGAGAGUCAGAAGUGAAAAGGGGGAGAAGGGGGGAAAGUGGAAGAUUGAAACCAAAAAUCUUUAUCUAUCCAAAGUGAUGGAGGAGGCAUCGUGGGACUGUUUAGUCAAUACUGAGCGAUAUCGCACCUCUCCUUUCUGUCUCUCUUUCCCGGGAAAAUAAACCAAUGACAAACAGGAGUAGAGAUGUGUGUCAAAUCCUGUGAACCAAAAAUGACAAAAAUAAACAUUAUUGUGUGUUUUUAGGGAAUGGUGGCAAGGACAGAAAAAAGAAGUGGAUGAUUUUCUUUGAAAAGCUGCAGGUCUGAAAGAGGAUGAGAUGGGAGGAGGAUUUUAAACCAAAAAUGUACCUGAGGAGGAGAAGAGGAACACACGAUGACAAAAAACAACAACCAUACCAAAAUCCCAGAAACCAAAAAUACGGAAGGAAAAGCUUUAUCCAAACUUGUACAUACUGAUCCUAACCAGGACCAGCACUCUGCUACACACACACACACACGAUAUCCACAGCGAUCACAUUCAUCCAUCCAUCCAAUCAGUCAUCCACCCAUCAUGUCUAUCAUAGUCUGUCACUCACUUUCACAGCAAUGAUGUUGUUUCUGUGGGAUAUUUUAGAUUGUUGUAAAUGGUUGAUACUGAACGAGCCAAGCUUACAGGUGUGUCUCUGUUUUCCUACCUCUGCUUCUUUGCGUAUCCUAUUUCCCCCUUGAUUUUCAAUAGUUUACUGAUAGCGUUGGAGUCUGUCAUGAUCCUCUUGUGCCAUUUACUUCAUGUUGUCAGAGAUAAUAAUAAGAGACAAGAGAUCAGGCUUAGUGUAGCAGUUUCCAGCCUUGAUAAAAACCUCUCUCUCUCUCCGUAAUUACUCAACAAAAUGACUCACUUGAUGAAAUAAUAUUAGACUUAGACUCAAUGUAGUCCUUGUGAAUGGCCAAUCCACCAUGAUGACAGUAUGAAAUUGAGCAUGACUGGAGAUUGAAACUAGUAACAUUGAGGCAAGAAAGAGGUAAAUUAAUAAAAAUGUUAGUUUAGUCAUGGACAGGUCUGUCUGAUCUUGUCAAUGAGCCAUCUGUCUCGACGCGCAGUAGAGAAACAGAGAUCAAAACCUGUUUAAUGUUUAAUAUAGGUUUUUAUUGUUCAUCCCUCCAUCCAUCCCAUUUUCACUGUCAUUUUCCACCCAAAUCUGCCAUUAUUACACCUUUAAACCAAAGCAUUUGUUACUCUUCAGAGGAGUCAGCCAUGACAUUAACACUCACAUACUGUAGGGGUUGAGGACACACCCUACCCCUCCCGCUGAACCCCCCUAGUUGACCCCUUCCAUCUCCUUAUGCCCAAGAGGGUCACUUCAAAAGGACAGAACCCUCACCCAACAUAAAAGGGGUGCAUACGGGGAGGGGAUCGGAUGGUGCAAUGGGAUCAAACAUACAGAAAGAGGGGAUGUCAAGUUUUUGUAAGAGGAUACCAAAAAUACAAACCAAAAACGUCAGAAACAAACCAAAAAGAAACACAACCAAAUAUGGAUGGGGGGAUGAGGGGAGGAGGACAAUGUUUUUACAGACUGGAGAUGACACCUCUGUCUGUUAUCCAACUAACUGGGCUUCAGUGGCCCUCUCUAAACUGUGUAGCACAUAUGGACAGAUGUAUAGAUAGGACAGACAUCCUCCCUCUCCCCUGUCUUUCUUUCACUCCAAACUCAGCUCUUCUUCUCUGGUCCUGGAUGGAGAAAUCUCUAAUGACCUCAUUGAACUGAAUCUUCAAAGUCAGUUUUUAUUUUUCCUGUUUGUUGGUUUAUUUAGUAUUUGAUUUGUUUGCUGUGUCUCUUGAUGCUGUCUAUGUGCUGUUCUUUACUCAUUUGGGAUAAUAAUGUAUUCGCUUGCUACAACAGCUCCUUAUUUUUUCCUAGUUGUUCUAGAGAUUUUUAAUCAGGUGGUUGGAAAAAUACUGUGAAAAUGUAGCUUCCAGAUUUUUAUUAGAUAAAAAAAACUGACUGUCUUGGCAGAAAAAAGACACAGAAAAAGUCCAAAACAAGAGUUGAAAAGCAAAACGUGCAAACCAAACACCAAAUACCAAACCAAACCAAACCCCAAACCAAACCAAACACCAAACCAAACCAAAAAGGCAGGGAGGGACUAGAGAUGGUCCGACUGCCGUCCCUGCCGUUGCAUUAGGGCUCACACUUAUGAUUGUGUCAAUUUAUCUGAAGUGUGUGCGUAUGUGCGUUGUGUGAGGGUGCGAUAUUGUGUGUGUGUGUGUGUUGUGUGUACACGCGUUCUAGAAAGAAUUCAGUGGAGUUUACAAAGAUGUCCUCCCUUGCACGUUUACCCCCAUUAUCACACACACACACACUUCGGCAAAAAUGUACAGUAGAGUUUAUAAUGCAUCCAAAGAGUAUUUGGUUUGACACAGAAAUACAGUUGUCAAAUGAGAAUCCUUAAUGAACUAAUCUAUUUUAGAUGUGGGGGUUCUAACCACGAGGUGAAACCUUUCCUCAACAUUAACUCUUAGACGGAAUGUAUCUGUUAGUGCUUCUAUAGAUUUUGUAGAAAAAAAGAUCUAUGUCCUAAUGCUUACUUAUUGCUAAUGUAUUGAAAAACAUACAAAAAAUAUCUUAAAAAACAUUGAUAAUGACUUGAUUUUAGACCAAAAAUGUUACUCUCUCUUGAUAAAUAUUUGGUUUAUUUUUCUUUGUCGAAUCAUUUAGGACUUUUGAUUGUACUAUUUAUUCAUCUUAAGUUUGAUUGAUUUAAGCUUAUAUUGAUUUCUUCUAACUAUUUAUUUGUUAUUUAUUUAUUCUAGUCUUUUUACAGGGGAUAUAUAUUUAGAAUAUAUAUUACGGGGCUGUGACCAAAAAUCCUGCUGAAGUACCUUCUCACCUUCAAACCAGAUUCAUGCAACCACAGGUCUCACGGGGCCUAGGAGAACAUGGUCAUGUUUGGCCACAGACUCACUGCGACUACUCUUAAAGCUCAUUACGGGGUGGGGGUGAGCUCACUGAGACUCUUUUCAAACGGAUGGGGUGAGCUUACAGGGGCCAGCACUGUGUCUACUUCAGUACGACCACCUAACAGCGUUUUCUCAGGCAUUGCAGGGCAGGGAAAUGUCCUGGGAAUAGGAACGUCAGCUUCAUAUUGAUGUAAAUUUGAGCAAUUCAAUGUCUCCGGGUUUUGAAUGCUGUCUUUCCUAAAUAUGGGGUUAAUUGUCCUAAUGGUAAUGAUAUUACUAGUGAUGUCCUUAUUGUAUUAUUGAUGAGUAAUGACUGGUGAGAUGAGAGGGACAGAGCAUCUGGGUGUUUCUGGCUUUAUGUGCUGUCUUGUGAUGUUGUGUUUAGUUGAAGUAUGGAUAGGGAGCCUCAGUAGGGUUCUACAGCCUUACUACAGUCCACGAUUGUUACUGGAGACCCACACCCAGGUGGGAUCAAACCAGUCAUGAGUGAAACUUUUAAAACAUUGUAUUAAUAAAUCUCAAAGCUUUAGAACUGGAGUUUGUUCCCAUUACGAUGUAUACCAUAUACUUUGGACGGAUCAGGUUAGAGGGAUUUAUAUCCCGGAUGUACAUGUAGUCAAUGCUGCCUAUAAGCUAGUAUAUUGUAUGUUUGAAUAUAGCCCAACGGUUCUGGAAGAGAGCUCUGCUGACAGGGAUGGUCAGGCAGGCAGAUUGUUCUUAAAGAUACAGUGCUGUUCCCUCACAACCUCUCCUCUCCUCCUGAGAAAUACACUGAAAGCUUUAAACAGCUACCAAACCAAAAAAACGAGUUAGAAGAUGCAUUGACUGGGGCAAAGGAACGUGACAGAGGGACUUGUUUUCUUUUCCUUCUGUUUUUACUUUCUGUUAUGUUGGUAGGUUCUGUUUUCCACAUCUACUGUAGGAUGUUAAAGAGAGAUAUACCUCAUAUACUCUGAUGAUAAACCAAAUAGAUGAAAGCUUUAAAUAAAAAAAAGCAGGGUUUGUGUGGGGAUCGGGGUAUGGGGUGGGACUGUGUGUACAUGUGAGUGUGACCAUGGAUGGCCAGAGCGAGGCUUGGGUCAGGCAGAGUUCAAAGGUAAUGGGAUCAGAGGUCACAUUUCCUGUGCCCCAUCCAAAUCAGGAGACAUUUUGGGUAUCAAGUUGUAUGCCAGCCCUCUCGCUGUGGUUCCCAGUCCACUCCCCCACACACCUCCCUCUCAGUCUGGUCUGAAGAACAACCCCCCGCUCUGUACAGCCCUCUCUCCAUCCCCCUCUCCCCUUCUGCUGAAAUAAAACACUCUCCAAGUACAAGUUUUCCAUAGGCACAGAUCUAGGAUCAGCUUACCUUCCUCCAAAUCCUAAUCUUAACCAUUGAGGGCACAUAACACUGGCCUUAGGUCAGUGUCUAUGGAGCAACUUUGUCCUACUCCUUAACACAAAGCUUUAUUACAGGGGCUAGCCUCUGGGUACCCGGCGUCUUUAGGUUAUUGACUGGAUGUUGUGUCCGUCAGAGAUGUGUGUGGCAGCGAGCGCAGAGAGGUAGGUGACUGGGGAAGGGCUGAGACUGUGGUCGCUAGGUGAUGCAUGCAUACACUCCCCCAAGGUGGAAGUCCCUAUUUCUCCCUUGCUCUUUCCUUCUAUAAUGAGGUGUAGAUCAGUUUAGGUCCUCUACAUCCUGGUAGGAUGCUUCUGUGGAUCUCAGGGUCUUAGGGAUCACAUGUAAAGUGUAAGUCCUUUCAGUAGGGAUACCCCCCCAAGAGAAUGAUGCCAAAGUUUAUGCCCCACUGUUGGAUACAGCACCAUGCACUCACUCCCUAAAACCCUGCUGUUUACCAGUGUCUGCACUGUUGGAGCUAGGAACAUAAGCAUUUCGCUACACCUGCGAUAACAUCUGCAAAAUAUGUGUACGCGACAAAUAAAAUGUGCUUUGUCCAUUCAGAGACUACACCUCUCCUAUAGACUGAGUAGUCACCUGGCCAUAGGUGCAGAUCUAGGAUCUGUUAACCUUUCCCAAAUCAUAGAUAUUAGUGUAGGGAGAACACAAAACUGACCUUAGAUUAGCACCUAGAGGCAACAAAUCCUACUCCCUCUACUAUAGCCUGGGUCAACAUUAUCACAGCAGAGUUUAGUCUGGAAGAACAUCUCCAGACUUUUUUGGCAUUAAUCAUGUUGUACAGUCUGAACAUCACAACAUUGAUUCAGUUCAUGGAUUAAUUCCUUGUAGUCUCAGCGUAGCACCUUAGCAACCGUGUCAAACGAGAAACAAAGGAAACUGUGAAAUGUAGGAAUCGAUAUUGAAACCUGGACUCAAGGAUAGACGUAACAUAGUAAAUGUAAAUCCGAGAUGGUGUAAUUAGUACAUGUUACGUUUGGUAUGAGACCAGGCUGGAAUGUAUUUAAAUUUGAGCAGAACAGGCAAGGAUUAACAGUUUACUGAUAGAUGACAGAACAUAGUGUAGAUGUCAAGGCAGGAGAAAGCAAAGGGGGACAAAAAGACAAUAUCAGGAGCAAAGAAAACAAAAAAGGAGGAUGACUGAUAUUCCUCAAACCUACUCACUUCCAUACUUCCUCUCUUUCAUCCGUCUUCAUUCUCUCUCUUGUACAAUACAGCUUCAGUCCAAAGUACCUUAAGCAAGACAGCAAAGUCCGAUCGUACAGAAUAAAACCAAAGAAUUCGACAUUCCUCCUCUCUUUCACAGACAGCCACUGCAUCCCUCUUUCUUUGUCUCCUUUCUGUCUAUUCAUCUCUUUUCUGCUUCAACCCCGUCACCUAGUAAUCCAGUUUCUGACCUCAGCUAUAUCAAUGAUGAUAAUAAUAAUAAUAAUAAUGAUGAUUAAGAUAAUGAUAAAAAUGUAUAUUUUUAAGUAUUUGUCAUUGGAAAAUGACCUUAAGCUUCUCGUAAAUAUGAUGACGACAAUGAAGACGUUAAUGAUGUUUCUCUUGGUAUCUCUGUAGUUGUUCUGAUCUUUUUUGAGUUUCGUCCUUUUUGCUCGUGCUGCCAGAGUAAUUCUGAUGAUCCCAUGAUCCUCUCUGUCCUUUUAGUUCUGUCUGUCUGUCCCUUACCACUGUCUGUAUUCCUGUCUGUCGGUUUGGAUUCCAUGUCGCUCUCUGUGUUCGUUGGGCAGAGGGAAGAGCUACAUGUUACAACCAAAAAUGUGAUGUUUGUGGGAGAAUUCUGUACGAGUCGUUAAGGAGAGUUUUUCCAGGGAUUUCCAGUCUUCUUUGAUGGUUUGUGGGGAGGGGUUAAUAAACAGAGGGGGGAGGGAAAACUGUCAUAACUGCUAUAACUGUUCUGUGGAAAUAAGACCCCAAGAUGUAGAUGUGUGUGUGUGCGCGCGCCUCAAAAUGUAUUUCAUCUGUUAGAUAAGCAACAGGUUUGUAAACAUUUCCCUCUGUCUGACCUUCAACCUUUGUUGUUUGUUUCCCUAUCCGUUUGAGUGUGUGUGUGUCCUCAUCCUCUCUCCCAUCAUUUGUUCUACCAUCCUGUGUCUUACAUCAUGUGAGCAGUCCUCCUCUUUUCUCUCCCUUCUCUCUGUCUCUCCCUCCCUUCUUCCUUGUGGUAGCAACUUAGCCUUUUACUGUGUUUAUCUUUAAAACAAAAACAAAAAACAAGAAAAAUAUCUAUUUUUGUUCAUAGUACAGUGUUGUUCAUUUAAAGUCAUUUUUGUAACUGAAAGUGUUUCAUUCAUCCAAAUAAAAACAGGAGACAAAAACUGUACAGAUGA